AUGACCUUCACCAAGCCGGUUCUCAUCUCCGGCGGCGGUGUUGCUUCGCUGCUGCUUGCUUCAAGCCUGCGCCGCAGCAACAUCCCGUUCAUCGUAUACGAGCGUGAUGCAUCGCCCAUCUUCCGAGCCCAGGGCUACCGGUUGCGCCUCUCCCCUGAGGGUCUCGAUGCCAUCGAGAAGGCGCUGCCGCCCGCGAAAUGGGAAACCUUUUGGGCUACGUGCGGAAAGACUGGCGGUGCGGGCCUCGUCAGCAUCGACCCCGUUACUGGCGAGACGACAGGCCAGGGUAUCGACGCUGCCAACCCCAGCACAGCUCCGCAGGAGGUGCUAUCGUCGCGCGACGGCAAAGUCGUCGGCAUCAGCCGCGGCGACAUGCGAAAACUGUUCAUGGAAGGCAUCGACGACUCGAUCCGCUGGGGCUUCCAUGUCAGGAGCUACGAGCUGACAGCCGAUGGAGUGCGCGCCGUCUUUGCCGACGGCUCCAAGUCUGAAGAAGGUUGUUUGCUGGUGGGCGCCGAGGGCAUCUAUUCGCACGUCGCAAAACAGCUGUCAGGCGGCAAGCUCAAGGUAUACGACCUCGGUUCCCGCGGUAUUCAUGGCCAGGCACCUACAGCAGCAUUCAAAGGCCUGGGUGAGGGUGUCUUCCGCUUGAUCGACGAGACGACGGUCCCCGGGAGCAAGAUCUUUCUGAUCACGAACGUCCGCGCCAGAGAUAUGGAUGACCCCAAUAUCCAAUUCGGCUGGACUAUGGGUGGUUCCCCGGGCGUUGUUAAAGCUCCCAACGAUGAUUACACUCUGGUCGGUAAGCCGGCUGCCGAUAUAGCGAAGUCCUUGACCGCGAACUGGCACCCUCGAUUUAAGCCCUUGUUCGAGCAAAUGGAUGAAAGAGAGGCUGCUUUCUGGAAGAUCACUUGCUCCUCGCCUGAUGGGGUACCUGAAUGGCCUAACGAGCCACGCGUCACCGUCAUUGGAGAUGCAGUGCACUCAAUGACCCCAGCGGGGGGCAUCGGAGCGAACACGGCCGUCAGAGACUCGGAGCUAUUAGGCAGACUACUAUCAGAAGCCGGCGAGUUCAAGAACGGCACUACGGAGGCUUAUGAGAAGGAAAUGAGGAUAUACGCAAGUGAAGCUGUCAAGACGAGCUUCAGGAACUCGCAAUUCUCGCUCGGCACAAAGAUCGACAUGAACGUCACUGUUGAGCCACGAGACAUAUAG